AUGCUCCAGUUUAUACGCCUCGAGCCGGAGCUCUCGAGCGCCAUCGAGAUUGUCAAACGCCCCGUCAAGUGGCACCUGUCUCCCCUGAAGCUGUACUCGUAUAAAUAUCAUUACAUUUUAGUGUUCCGACAUCAGACGCUCCACAGCCAAACAUCCAACAAGAUGAAAACCUUCUGCCUGACCCUCGCUUUGUGCGCCUGCCUGGCGGCCGCGGAUGUGUCCCACCUGCAACCUGGCAGCAGCUACCUGCCGCCUCCUCGUCCGGAGCACGCAGUGUCCAUGAGCAUCGAGCAGCAGGAGCUGCGUGAGCUGCCCGAACAGGUGGAGUACAUGCGUCCGAAUGAGCAGGGUCAGAUGGAGCCGAUGCCCAGCAGCCUGCUCACACCUCCCGCUCCAGUGGAUCAGCAGGAGGAAGCUGUGCCCUCCACUCGCUACCUGCCACCCGCACCAGUUGCCGCCGCUCCAGUCCAGAUGGAUGCUGAGCCCAUGAUGAUGCCCCAGAUGGAGAUGGCUCCCGAGGAGGUUGUCAUGGAGAAGCUGCAGGAGCAACCAGAGCUGGCCAACCGUUACCUGCCCCCCGCACCAGUCUCCGAACAGCAGUUGACCUACCAGCAAUACCAGGAGCAGAUGCAGCAGUUCCAGAUGCAGGAACAGCAGCAGCAGGAUCAGCAGCCCCAGGAGGAGCAGCCCCAGCAAUUUCAGGAUCAGCCAGCUGCGGAGGAGGAGCAGCAGAUGCCAUACAUUCUGGAUGUCCAGCAGCCCAUGGCUCCGUCCGAUGUGGAGACCCAGGAGCAACUGGAACCGGAGCCCGCCCACGAGCUCCGUGCCGAUGGCUACCACUACAAACAGGCCGAGGAACACCGUCGUCUGCGGCAUUAA